UUAAAAUUUCUGUUAACUUAUAUAAUAAUUUGUUUUUAAAAACAUUUAUUUAUACUAAAUAAAGUAUAAGUUAGUUAUAUUUGAUAUAUUCAAAUGAUUUUCACGUAUUAUGACCGAUAAAUAUUUUUUUUGGCAAAAUAAAUAUAUUUUGUGUGUGUUUUCAUUACAUAUUAGUGUGACUUAUUAACGAACCGGUUGUUAUUAUAUGUGUGUAUAAACCACUACUACUUUGGUCUCAGCAUAUGAUCAUAAUUUUAUGAGAUGUCAAAUAAAGUUUUUAUUUUGCGUUAAAAAUUAGUUUUUUGUGAAAAAAUUGGAUGUUUUAUAAUUAUAUACUGUAUAUGUGUAUCGAUGAUAUAAAAAAAUAAUAUUAUUAUUGCACAGUUAUGUAUUGUAUUGUUUUUAACCCCUUUCCUCAAUAAUCAUAAUAAUAAUAUAUUCUGUAUAACUGUAUGGCUGACAGAUUGUGUACCGGAAGGAAAGUCCUGUUAUUUUUGUGAUUAAUUAUUACAAUAAUUUGUUUUUAUUUAAUACAUAAAAAUUAUAUAUUUCUUCUCCAUUUUAAUCUUUAUUUUUGGUGUAAAAAAUUAAUUUUUAAGAUUUUUUUAUUGUGUGUGUGUUUUAAAGCUAUGUCUAACAAAAACCCAAAAAUUUUUUACAUUUACCGGAUAUUUACCGACAAAAUGUUUGACACGUCGGCCAACAAAUAUCUAUCUAAUGAUGAAAGAUCUGUUGACAGCGAAAACAUAGAGAUGUGUAGCCGUGAGGACGUACUGGUUCUCAAUCCCAGUCAAAGACAACAAACACAGAGGAAUGUCCUAAACAUGACUUUAUUGUCACUUCUAUUACUAUUAAUAAUAUCAGUGUCAGUGAUAACUCUAAUGAAGUUUACAUAUAAGUCAGUCAAUGUCCACAUUACUGAACCUCAAGUCAGCGACGAUUACAUUGAUUUGAUAUUUAAUGCAAAUAAUGUGUCUACAAGUGCUCAGUGUCUAAAUAUUAAGCUAAACAAUCGUACCGACUGUAAUCCGGACGAACCCACCAUUACUAAAGAGGUAUGCAUUAAAAAAGGCUGUUGUUGGUCACCAACGAUGACUCACAGACAACACCACCGAAGAAGUAAUAAUCCAUUGAUAAACAAUACUAGUAGUGAUGGUCUAAAAUCACUAAUAGCUGUUCCCAAUUGUUAUCAUCCUAUAAAUGUUAAUAAUGACAAAUAGUCAAAUAAAAAAUAUCUCGCAUUUUUUUUUUAAAUUACUGGUAAUCAUUCAAAAUGAUUACUUAGCUGUGAAUACCUUAAAAUUUGUUACUAAGUAUUGAGUUAAUUAUAAUUUUAUUAUUCAAAAUUAUUUUUGAAAUUAUUUUUACAAUUAAUAAAUAUUAAUUGUUUUUUUUUGUUAUUUGUUGAUUGAAACAAUCAAUAAUAAAAUAUUAAUAAUGACACUAAUGUUAAAGAUUUCUAAAUUUAUUUUGGUUUAUGUUAUCAUAUUUUUUGUAUGUAAUUAUUAUUAUUAAAAGUAUGACUAAUCAGUUAGAAAAUUAAUUUUGACAACACCUAUAAAAUUUAUCGUUUAAUUAAUCAAUUUUUAUUAUAAUUAUAAAUUUAUAUACAGUACAUA